CCCAAACGCCAAACGCGGAUGUGAAUUAAUAAAUCCAGAAGAUCCGGGUCUGGAUGAGGAAAAUCCGUGAUCUUGUUUAAAUAUCACAGUUUAAAGCAAACACGCGUGAGUUAAGGAUGCGAGACGCCGAUAUCGUGUCCGGGAACAUCGCAUCUACCGAGAGAGAUGGAGGAGAGAUCUUGGAAGGAUCUCACGUGUUUGUGGAUGAUUCAUGCUCAGGUUUGCUGUAUUCUGGGUUGGAGAACCGCGCUGUGUGGAACAGUGAACAACACUGCAGUCUGAAUGACAGCGAAUCUGAGGAGGUUUUGAAUGCCAUAAAUCCAAAUGAUGUUUACCCGUCAGCACCUGUGCAGGAGUCUUUAUCAGAGAGCAACAUCAGUCUGUCUGAGGAUCUGUGUUCCCAUGAGGAGGCGUCUGCUGUUUAUCAGGUGGUUUAUGACAUCAGCAGUCUGGGUGCCGUUAUCACCGAGCCGCGCAUGGACGUGAUCUCUAUAGAGCUGGACGAGUGGAGCUCUCAGAUGUUGUUGUCAGAUUCGUGCGUGGUCAAUGAGCUGGUGUCACCUGUCAAAACGGAGGAUGAUGACAUGCAACAAACCCACAACUCGUACAGCUCUUUGGUUUAUCCUGAACUUCAGCUGACAGACGAGGAACAGACGCUUCUGAAUCAGGAGGGAAUAUCACUGCCCAAUAAUCUGCCGCUAACUAAGGCUGAAGAAAGAAUUCUGAAGAAAGUAAGAAGAAAAAUUCGUAACAAACUGUCUGCUCAGGACAGUCGGAGGAGGAGGAAAGAGUAUAUAGACGGUCUGGAGAGCAGGGUGGCUGCGUGUUCAGUUCAAAACACUGAGUUACAGAGAACCGUAGAGCAGCUGGAGAAACACAACAUGUCUCUUGUCGCUCAGCUGAAUAAACUUCAGGCUUUGAUCAAGCGAACGGCCACGAAAGCUGCGCAGACGAGCACGUGCAUCAUGAUCAUCAUCUUUUCUUUGGGUCUGAUCAUAUUCCCAAGUUAUAGUCCGUUCAGAUGGCGAUCGGCAGAGGACAGCUACGCUCCUUCCGCCGUGAUGUCCAGAAAUAUCCUGAAUGAUGUCGCUUCUCUCCCACUGGCGGAGGACGUUGGGGGAGAUGAGCCGAUGAUUUUGGACCCUCUCUCAUUGGACAGAGAUCAUAGACAAUCAGACACGACGGACGAUCUGAUAUCAAAAACUGUGCAGGUGACAGAUGAUGGAUCAGUACCGCAGGGGUCAAUGCUGGAGAACGAGACCGCUGUGAAUAAAGAAAACAAAGAAAAGGUUCCUGCCGUCAGUUUUAUUGCUCCUGUAAGUGCAGGAAAUGCAGCGCCAGACGCAGGCAAACCUCCACACGCAGAUGAAAUGUGAAGAAUCCUUCAAGUAAAGGGCAGUGUGCUGUUUAAUGCCGCCACACAACCUGUUUACCCGGCGAGAGUCCUGACUCUGGGUGUGGUCGCUUCUUUUGUACUGACGCAGGUUUGAAAGAAAGCCAACAUGU